UUUGAACACCACGUGUGUGGUAUUAGGAGCGCACGGUGAGGAUCCCUGAACGUCUGCCGUGUCGACGCCGUGUAAGAGCACGUGUCAUAGUGAGCGUAGCGCUGUCAGAGUCUACCAGCCCGCUCACAAGCACUCAGUCCUCCAGCGCCUCAUCAGGACCAGGCUGCUGUGACAUCACUCACUCCGACGCCUCCUGAUUGGCCAGUCUUUGGGGAAGGGGGGGCGGAUUGUUCUUGCAGCUUACAGUGAAAAAUGCAUAGAAAGAGGGAAGAUGAGGCAGAGGGUCUGUGAGAGGGAAAGAGGGAGAGGGAGCAGGAAAGAUUGAUGCUGAGGCAAGCCGGCACUGCGCAACACUCACACACACACACACAAACACACACAAAUAUGUUCAGUAUCACGGGUAUUCUCACAUCACACUCCCCAGCUGCUUAACAGCCGGGAAAAACAGUCUGACUGAGUCCGCAGCCUGUUACUGCAGGACGGGACAGAGGACAGCAGGACGUGGAGACGGAUACCUGGGAGCGCUGCUUCUCUGCAUCACCUCAGGGGCGACAGCUCCUCCGCUGUCACCCCUGAAGGUCUCCGGGAACUCUUUUAAGACGCCUCCACAAAAAGAGGCAGCAAGGGCAGGAGCAAGGGCAAGUGUCCUGGAUGCCCUCUGGAGACACUCAUGAUAGUCCGGAGUGCAAGAUGGAAGGAAGAUUAGGAGGGGAAAGCUCCCCGAAAAAGACUCUCAACCUGGUGGCCGGAUUCUACCAUUACCUCCGCGAUGAGCAGGAGGCGGUGCAGAAAAGGACCUUCACAAAAUGGAUCAAUUCCCACUUGGCAAAGCAUGUCCCAGCUCUGGAAGUGAAGGACUUGUUUGAAGACAUCAAAGAUGGAGUAAUGCUGUUGGCUCUGCUGGAAGUUCUCUCUGGACAAAAGCUGCCAUGUGAGCAGGGCAAGAAGCUGAAGAGGAUCCACUGGGUCGCCAACAUCGGUACAGCUCUCAAGUUCCUGGAGGGUAGAAAGUCUGCCUACAGAGGAUCUCCGAUCAAGCUGGUCAACAUCAAUUCCACAGACAUCGUAGAUGGACGCCCUUCCAUAGUUCUCGGUUUGGUCUGGACAAUCAUCCUUUACUUCCAGAUUGAAGAGCUUACCAGCAGCCUACCAGAGCUUCCUCUGCUGUCCAGCAGCACCUCCUCCAUGGACAGCUCAACCAGCAGUACCGACACCACCAGUCCACCCGUCAAAAGGAGACCCCCGCCGCCCGUGCAGGGUGGCGCCAGAAAGGCCUUACUCAGAUGGGUGCAGCAGACAUCCACCAAAUGCUUAGGGCUUGACGUGAAGGACUUUGGUCCCAGCUGGCGCACAGGUUUGGCAUUCUUCGCUGUCAUCAAUGCCCUCCGACCUAAUCUGGUGGACAUGGAACGAGCACGAAGGAGGCCCAAUCGGGAAAACCUGCAGGAAGCUUUCUUAUUGGCUGAGACGGAGUUGGGCGUUCCACAGCUUCUUGAUCCAGAAGAUGUGGAUGUGGACAAGCCGGAUGAGAAAUCUGUUAUGACGUAUGUAGCCCAGUUCUUGAAAUAUCAUCCCCAGCGAAAGCAGAAGGACGCACAGGGACAGCAGGAAGAAGAAGAGCAUGACCUCGCUCCUCGAGAUAUAGAAGAAAUGCUGGAGAGAGAGCAGCGAAAGACCCUGAGGGAGCUCAAAAUGUGGCUGGACCAGCUGGAGAGAGAUGCUCUGCAAACACAGGAGACUGGGGGCAGUCUUGCUCAACAGUACCAGUUGUUCAAAAGUCUUCAUGUACAGCUGGAGGUGAGGCGGAAGCAGGUGGAGGCAGCCUUACAGUCAACGCAGCGGGACGGGAUGCUAACAGUGGAUCAGGCUUUGGUUAAACAGGCUUGGGAAAGGGCAUCCAAUGUGCUUCUGGAUUGGCACCUCCACUUGGACAGAUCCCUGCCAGCUCCUCUGGAUACGGUUGGGGUUUGGCUGCAUGAGGCAGAAGGAGCGCUGCGAGACGAGACGGUCGUCCAGCAGGCGGAUGAUGUCACCGCUAAGACUGUGCACAGAGCCCUGGAGCAGCACAAGGAUGUGUUGAGGAGCCUUGAAAGUCACCAGCAGAUUUUUCAAAGAAUCCACAAAGACAGAAGUGUCGACGGAAUUCCCGUUCCUCCGGACCAACUCCAAGACAUGGCUGAACGGUUGAACUUCGUUUCCACGUCUUCUAGUGCGCAUCUGGCUAGAAUGGAGUUUCUGGAAAACAAACACCACAUGCAGGCUUUCCUCAUGAUAGCAGAGUCCAAACUAAAAUCGUGGAUCGUCAAAUAUGGCCGACAGGAAUCUGUGGAACUGAUGCUUCACAAUUACAUAUGCUUUGUUGAGAAGCAACGCUUCUUUGAAAAUUAUGAGAUGUUGUUCCGGUCACUGAAGGAGUCUGCAGAGGCUUAUGUCAGUGCUGACAGCUCAGUGGAUGAUGGCGAGCUGGGAGUGCGCCGGUUUAUGCGGGAGGUGGUGACGCAGUGGAGGAGUCUGUCCAUGGAGGUGCGCAGUGUGAGGAGCAUGCUGGAGCAGGUGCUGUUCAACUGGGAGCAGUACGCCUCCACUGUGACCUCCUUACAGGCCUGGCUGGAAGACGCAGAGGAAGCUCUGAGCCAGCCGGAGAACACUAAACGGGAGUUUUUCAGGAAUCUUGCUCACUGGAUAGAUCAGCAUGCGGCCAUGAACGACGCGGGGAAUUUUCUCAUUGAGACGUGCGACGAGACCGUUUCUCUGGACCUGAAGCAGCAGCUGCUCCUCAUGAACGGACGGUGGCGAGAGCUUUUUCUCAACGUCAAACAAUAUGCUCACUUGGAAGAGUUGGAAAAGUGGAGGAAAGACCAUCUGAAGGCUGUGUGGGCUCUGAAGGAGCUGCUGGACUCAGCAGAAGCCAAGCUAAAUGCACCUGUCCAGGUGUCUUUCCUCAGUGUUAGAAGUUUCCUGCAGGAUGUGGAGAAUACCAAGCAAAAGGUCGUCGCCAUGGAGACGCAAUACAAAUUGGCUGCCCGCAGCGCUCAGCUUCUCGCCAAGGAUGCACCACAGGAUGAAGCCACCAGGGUCAUGGCAACUAUGGCAACAGCCAAAAGUCAGCUGAGCAAGGUGAGGGAACGCUGUCCCUCUCUGGUGAAAGAGUGUCACGGCCUCCUGCCUCUGCUGGAGGAGAUGGAGAAGCACAUGAGUACUUUUUACCAAGCUUUGGAGCGGGCCACUCUCACCACGUCCGCUCAGGGGGAUGCAGGCUCACAAAAACUCAAGUGGCAGGAUUUACUAAACCAGCAGCAGAACUGCAAGCGAUGUCUGUCGGUGAUCGAGAGGAACCACCACACUCUGCAGAGGCUGAUCUCCAACAGCAAAGGCCUCAAAAACUUCGACCAGUCCCUGCUGCAGAAGAGGGUUCUAGAAAUUCAGAGCUCAGCACAGACUUUGCUGAAAGAAGUCGGGGAAUGGAGACGCCAGGAAGAGGCCAACACCUGUCUGAGGAGAAGGUUUGAGGAAUCCCGGCAUGAGCUGGAGAGAGUGUUGAAGAAAGCUCACGACUGUUUUAGAGAGACUGGAGAACCCGAGGAACUGCUUAAGAAGCACACUGAUUUCUUUGGACAGCUGGACCAGCGAGUGUUAAGUGUGUUCUUGAAGGCUUGUGAUGAACUGACAGACAUUCUCCCUCAAGAGGAGCAGCAGGGGCUUCAAGAAACAGUUCGGAAACUCCACAAACACUGGAAGGACCUCCAGGCCGAGGUGCCCUCCCAUCUCCUUCGCUUAAAUGUGCAGGUUGAGAGAAAGCGAGUCACCACCAUUCUGCAAGACUGCAGAUCGGAGCUGCAGAGAGAGCAACAAGCCCUGUCGGGCACCUGCAGCAGCGAGCGCUUGAUCCAGGAGCACAGAACUUUCUUCAGAGAACACAAACCUUUGAUGCUGUGUGAAAAAAGGAUCAAAAACAUGGAGGAACUUUGCCACAAACUGCCUGACAACGACCAGGCUUAUGGAAUGCUGGAAUCCACCAAAAGAGAAGUUUUGGAAGUUUCAGAGCAAAUAAAGAGCACUUAUCUCAAACUGGAGGAACACCCCGACAAGUGGAAAGAGUGGAAUGAGAGGUUCUGCGAGCUUUCUGAUUGGCUCUCGUCUCAGAGAAGGCAGUUGAGGCUCCUCAAAGAAACGGCAAGAAACUCGUGUCAUCAGGAGGAAAUCACUGCCGCCAUCGAGGCGCUGCAGCAGGCAGUCGAUGCCCGAGAGGAGAGCCUGGUGUGGCUGAAGGGCCGCCUCGCCGGGCUGUCUGAAGUCAGCUCAGAAGUAGAAGUCCAGAGACAGAGGGAUGCUCUGACCAAGCUUUCAACGGACCUCCGGGCGUUUUUAUCUUCACUCCGUCAGCUGAAUGAAGAGGGCUCCACCAUGUUUCAGUUUGAGGAGCUGAGGGAUGAAAUUGAUGCUGCGCGGGAGGAGCUACUGAGCCAAAGAAAGGAGGCUGAGGAGCAAAUCAGCAGGAUUUUAAAUGCUGAGAACUUUGAGGAGGCAAAACAGCUUUAUCUAAUUCACCAGAAGCACCUGAAACGUUUGCACACGAACAGGAGGGAAGCAGAGCUGCUGGUGUCUCACUGUCGUCAGCUGCAGAGCUGUGAAGAGCUGAGUCAGCCUCUGCGUGAGCUGGAGCGAGCUUUCAGCGAGGGCGACCAACAAUCUGCAAUCCAGGAAAGCAAACUGCAGGCGACUCUGAGCUCCUGGCAAAAUUUUGACAUGGAAAGAGAAGCAGUGUGGACUUUCAUCAGCAGCUGCAGCAACGAGCUGCACAAAGAGCUCAUUUUUAACAACCUGGACAGCCUGCGAAGUGAAAUGGAGCGAAACAAGGAGCUUUUCACAGAAUUUGAAGACUACUAUGCUCGAGUUGAUGUGCUGUUCGAGAAGGCGGCAGAGAUCCAGCUCGGCUCAGAGAAUCAGGAUCUUCCUCUGCAGCAGGCUCACUCCACCAGGGAAGCAUUAACACAACUUCAAAACAACUUCAAGGAGAACGGCCUCCGGCUGGAGAGGAUGUGUGGGCAGUGGGAGAGCUUUAGCCGGGAGUCAGAAGCUCUCUCUUUGUUCAUCAGUGAGAAUGAGAAGGAGCUGGAAGCUCUGUGCACCUCCACGGAUCCUUUAGAGAAGCAAAUUACAACUCUAGGUACGAUACGGGAACAUUUAGAGGAGCAGCAGUCGGUUUUAGCUCGCACAGAGGCUGACUGCGGCGCCCUGUCCAGCUUUGUGACUCCUGGAGAAGCCGGACGUAUCCGAUCCCAACUGGUCCAAACAAGGAGAUGCUUUGAUGAGCUGAAGGAGAGAACGGAGCAGCUGGGUUCACAGCUCAACCAGAGCGCCUCCUACAGGCAGAGAUGCAAAGAAAAUCUUGAGCAGGUCAAAAAAACAAUGAAAGACCUCAAAGAGAAACUGGAUUUCCCAAUUAGAUGUUGCUCUUCAUCGUCAGAUACUUACAAAGUCCUACAGGAGCACAUUGAGGUCUGCCAGAGCGCGGAGCAGCUAAAACCGGGACUGGCGGCGCUGAGCUCGGCCUUGAAGAGGCUCGCAGAGAGCAGCCAGCUGGAGGAGGAGGUGGCCGACCUCCAGAGGCAGCAGAGGCUGUUAGUGGGAAAGGCUGCUGAGAAGCAAUCAGCAUUAGAGAGCCUUCUCGCACUGUGGCAAAGAUAUGAAAAGGAGAAUUCGUCCAUUAAAAGUUGGCUGGACCGAUGUGAAUCCGUGUGCUGCCCUGACACCCAGCUGCUCUCUGCAAAUAAAGUCAAACUGAAGUGCGAAUUGCAAAGUGUUCAGGAAAUGCAGGAGGAGCUGAUGUCCUAUGAGGCCCUUCUUGAAGGUCUUGAGAACCUCAAGCUUUGUCUGCACCCUGCAGCUCCUGAAGCUCAAAUCCAGGAGCUCAACGAUGAUCUCGCUCAAUUUAAGGAGAGAUGCACUUCUGUGAAAAACUGCAUUUCACACAGGAAUGAACUGCUGGAGCUUCACUUGCAACAGCUUGAGCUGUUUGAUCAGACUUUGCUGAGUAUGACUCAAAAGAGCGAAAACUUACUGUCCGGUUUGAGGAGCUCUUGUCGAGUUGACGUCUCAGAUAUUGGAGGUGCCAUGAAUAAAUUAAGAGAGCACGAAGCCCACCUGCAGGAGUUUGAGGUGCUAAGAGACACUCUCAACCAAAGGGAGUCUUCUGUUCUUUGCUUUUGCACUCCUGAAGCCAAGCAGCAACUCCAGGACUGGAAGAAAGACUGCCUGCAACCCCUUGCUGAAUCCCAGCGUCUCAUUUCCAUCCGGAAGGACUGUCUGACGUCGUUAAAGUCGUUCCUUGAGAAGUGCGAGGUGACAUCUCAGACCGUGAGCCGCCUUCGAGAGGCGGUGGAAGGCCGGGGCAGCUGGGACCACUCCAAAGCAGAGGAUCUUCUUCAUGGGAUCAAGGAAGUGGCUAAAGAUGUGGGGCAACUGGAGGGCGAUGCUGUGACUCUAGAUGGAAAGCUGAGCAAGGCGCACAUGCAAAUGUGCGGAUCCCCGUUGAAAGACAGUGAAGAACUGCAGGGAAGAACUUCCUGCAGAGAAAAGGCGGUGGCGCUCACAGCGGCUCUGGAGGAGGUGCAGAGAGGAGUCGGGUGGAGACAGACUGAAGCCGAUGCUCUGGGAGACUUGUGGUGCUCCUUUAGGAAGAGAAAAGAGGAAGUGAUGAAGAAUUUGAAGAAACUGGAGAACGACGCGAGACAGGAGGGGUGCAUCGAGUGUUCUGUGCCGGCUUUUCAAAACAGGCUGCGUUUCUUUGUCCAGCUGGAGGAUGAGCUGCAGUCCCUGCAGCACUCCCAGCGAUGGUUGGAGGAGAAAGGAAACCAGCUAGCCCGCAGAGACAGCGAGCUGGCAGGAGAAGCUCUGAGGGAGGUGACUCUGGUGAGGACGGCCUGGGAAAACCUAAAGAAGCUAAUAACUAACAGUCAGGAGCAGACUGGAGUCAUUGUUGAUCUUCUGCGAUUGCUCCUCCAUCUAAAGUCAAUCCUCAGCAGUUUUGUGGAGAAAGCUCACGCUGUUGUUCACAAUCUACCUGAUCACAACCACGAUGUUCAAGAGGCCAGAAGUACUCUCACGCGACAUGAAGUCCUUCAGGCUGAGCUUCGAGAGAAACAAGAAGAAAUGGAUCAUCUCAUCAGCGUAGUGGAAGACCUGCAGAGAGAAGUGGAAAAGGUUCCCAACUCUGACAUGAGCUGCAUCCAGAAAGAGAUGGAACAUCUAAGAGACCAGUGGCUGCUGAUCUCGGAGAAAAUACAAACCAACGCAGAGAGACUGGGCUACUGUGUUGUCCUUUGGGAUGACCUCAAAGCCAUGGAAAAAGACAUCAACCAGUGGACGGCCACCUCCAUCCCCGAGAUGAGUGACAUCGUCUGCCUGAGCGAAGAGGAGAAAGCUGAGGCCCAUCUUGUUACAUUUCAGGCUGAGAUUGAAAAGAGGGAGCAGAAGCUGGAUGUCUUACAGGAGAGGCUGACGGAGCUGAAGGAGAGGGCCAAACUGCAGGAAACACCAAUACAGAUGCAGGUCCUGGAGUCAGAGCUGAGGAAGAAAAUGCUCCACGCACAGGAGGUGUUCAACCAGGCCAAACACGCUCUGACCUACUUCAGCUUUCAAAAGCAGCAUCUUGAAGACCUCGUGUCCCAGAUGGCGGAGCGGCUGGAUGCGGUUGAGGGUUCCCUACAGGACCUCAGCAAAACUACGUCCUUUGAAGACAUUCUCGCAGUUAAGGACCUGCAGAGUGUCGUUCAGCAGCAGAGGGCAGACAUGGACUUGGCUAGAGAAGCUCUGACUUCACUCAGUCGAUCACAUCCCUCUCAAGAGUUGGCGCAUCUCUCCUCUGAUCUGACCUGCAUCGCCAAGCGAACCGAGGCUGUUGCCCAACGUUGCACCAAGACCAAGGGCAGCCUGCAGGAGGGACUGCAUCUGCACUUUAAAGAGAUCGUUCAAGACUUCAAAUCUUGGCUGGAGAAUUUAAAGCUGGAGCUGAAAGAUUGUUUUAACCAAUCAGGGGAUGUUGUGGUCCUUGGAGCCAAGUUGCAAAGACUAAAGGUGUUAGAGGAGCAGUCACCUGAGGGUGAGGAGCGUCUCUCUCAGAUCCGUGAUGAAGCCCUGAGACUCCAUUCCCACUUGAGCAAAGCCGGAGCAGCACAGGUCCAGGAGAGUUGUUCCUCCUCUGAGAAAGAGUGGAAAAACUUCCUGGACAGCUGUUCUCAGGGCCAACAAGACUUGGAAGACAGCAUUAAUGUUCUCAAAAAUUUUGAUGCCUGUGUGAAGAGUGUAAGAGACUGGCUACAGCAGAUGGAUCUCAGCCUCAAGAGUGAGCCUCCCCUCGCAGCAGAGAGCCAGCAAGGAGCUGCAGACGCCUCCGAGGAGUUGGACAGAAUAGAAACCCUCAAUAAGGAUUUGGUACUAAGAAGAGAGUCCAUCAAGAGUCUUUGUCAGGAGGCCCAGGCUCUCUCUGAAUCUGGCCGGGGGUCAGGAGGAGAGGUCAGAGUGACAGGCGAGCUCCAGAUGGAGUAUCAGACCCUGCUGCAAGCGGCCAAGGAGAAGCUGCGAGGCUGCCAGGAGAACCAGGCCUUUGGAGAUACCCUGCAGGGACUUUGGACCUGGCUGGAAGAGAUCCAGGAGCGCCUGGGGACCGUUGACAGCACCAUGGGAACUAAAGAGCAGUUGGAGCAGAGGCUGGAGACUGUGCAGGAUAUCCUGCUUUUGAAGGGAGAAGGUGAGGUCAAGCUGAACAUGGCGAUGGGUAAGGGUGAGCUGGCCAUGCGUUGCUAUGGAGCCGCUGGACAGGAAGUGGUCCGCUCUCAGCUGCAGGAAGUGGAGGAUGCGUGGGCUACGCUGCUCGUCACCGCUAUGAGCUGCCACAGCCGACUGGAGUGGACGGUGUCUCAGUGGGGAGGAUACAUCCAGAGUGCUGCCCAGCUGCAGAGCUGGAUGGAUGCCGUCAAACGAGAGAUGGUGGCUCCUCUCACCCCCCAGCCCGGACCCAGAGAAAAGGCCGCCCAGCUCGAUAGACUCAGAGCUCUGCUGGCUGACCUUGAAGACCACCAAAUGGCGCUCGCCAGCCUGGAGGAGAAAGCUCGGGAGCUGUUCAAGAAGACGGGCGACGCCAGCUUCAACUACGGCGCUCGCACUCAGCUGCAGGUGCAGUUUGAUGAUCUCACAGCGUUGGUGGAGGAGAGGAUCCGUUUAGCUCAGGCAGUGGUGCUAGAGCAUCAGGACUACCUGGAGGCUGUUCGGGAGCUCACAGAUUGGCUGAUGACUGCAGGGGAGGAGCUACAGCAUUGGUCCGAAACAUCAGGAGACUCCGCUUUCAUCAAAAAGAAACUGGCAGAUGUGCAGGAGUGCGUGGAGUGUCGCCUCCUGGAGGGCCGAGAGCGCCUCAGUCGGGUGCGUCGCAAUGCCGCCGCCACGGCGGAGCACACAGCAGCAGGUGGCUGUGAGGCCAUCGACCGGCAGCUGGGGGCGCUGUCGCACGCUCUGGAGCAGUGGGAGGGGGCCGCCCUGAGGGCCAGAGAUGGCCUGGAGGGGGCCUUCGCCGCCGCUUCUGCUUUGGAGGAGGAGUACAGCAACCGCACCACCCGCCUGGAGGACGAGCUGAAGCAGUUUGAAGGAUCUCUGAGGGGGUGGAGCCAGGAGCUGAUGAAAGCUGAGGGGCGGAGCAACGGCGAGGAAGCAGUGGAGGGAUGGCAGCUGGCUAAGAAUAUUCUGGAGGGCUUGCAGAGCGCCGAGCCGAUGGCAGAGAAGUUGAAAGGCCAACUGAAUGACCUGGUGCGCUACUCCAGAGACCUGGGCUCGCAGUCGGAGCGUGUGACGGCACUCAUCAAGCAGCACAACAGUCUCAGCCUCCGUGCAUCCAGGGAGUGUCAAAACAAGGAGCGCUUGUUGGAGCAGAGGUUUCGUGCUGCUUUGAGAGACUUCCAACAGUGGCUGGUCAAUGCCAAAAUCAGCACCGCCAAAUGCUUCGAUGUCCCUCAAACUGUCACCGAGGCGUCCUCCGCCCUGCAGAAGAUCCAAGAGUUCUUGAGUGACAGGGAGAACGGCCAGGCCCGGCUAAGUACGGUAGGAGCCUGCGGAGAGCUGCUGAUGGCCGUGGUGUCCAAAGACAAGGUGGAGGGAAUCGAGGCAAAGGUGGCCAACGCCAGGGAUGACUGGAAGAGCCUGAUGAGUAACCUUCAAAUGAGACAAGAUGUGCUCAAGAAUCUGCAAUCCCAGAUGACAGAGUUUGAGGCGAGUGCCGACCCUCUGCAGGAAUGGCUCAACAGCACAGAGGUCAGAGUUCAGGAGAGCAGCGCUCGCCUGCACGACCUCCCUGCAAAGAGACAGGAGCUCAGCAAGCUACAGUGUGUGCUGGAAGAGAUGGCUGGUCAGGAGGUAGAGCUGAGCAGGCUGAGGGAAAGGGCUCAUCAUCUCUGGGAGGGACAAGCAGCCGGCAAAGGCUUCGUCCACAGAGUUUCUCAGCUUUCAGCGCAGUACCUUUCCCUAAGCAACUUAACAAAGGACAAAGCCUCCAGGAUUGAACGCAUCGUCGGAGAACACAGACUCUUUUCUGAAGGACUUAAAGAGCUCCAGGACUGGGUGUGUGAGGCGCAGAGGGUCAUCGGCGCCUGCACCUCCUCCACCACGGACAAGGGAGUGCUGGAGGAUCGCAUGCUGCAACUAGAAGCUUUACUUGCUGCUCGCCAAGAGAGAGAAAUUCAGCUUAAAAUGCUGCUAACACGGGGAGAGGCGGUCCAGAGGAACACUUCGGCCGAGGGAGUUCCGGUUAUCCGCAAGCAAAUCCAGGACCUCAAGGACUCGUGGGAUUCGCUGUUGUCCGCUUCGAUUCAGUGUAAAAGUCAGCUUGAAGGAGCUCUGUCUCAGUGGACCAGCUAUCAGGAGGAUGUAGGGCAGUUUGUGCAGUGGAUGGAGCGAGUUGAAGAGACUCUCAGCUGCUCAGACAGACAGUACUCUGAGAUGAGAGACAAGACGGCCAACCUGGGAAAGACAAAGCUUCUCUACGAGGAAGUUUUGAGUCACAGCAGUCCUCUGGAAACCAUAGCCACCAAAGGUUCCAACAUGGCUGAGCACUACAACACCCAGCAGGAGGUUCAGCAGCUGCAGAGCAAAUACAACAUGCUCAAAGACAAGGCUAAGAGUGCUGUCAGUAAGGCUAAGGAGUUGGUGCUGGUCCACCAGGAAUAUCAGCGGGGGCUGCACGUGUUUGAGGACUGGCUCGAGCAGGAACAAGCGUCACUGGCUCUACUAUCGUACCCUGAGGGAAACGUGGAAGCUCUCGAGAAAACACUCCAGCAGCUGCAGAACUUGCAAGGGAACUGCACAAAGGGUCAGUCUUUGCUGGCGUCUGUGCUGACCAGCAGAGACAGAGUGAUCCUAUGGGGCGUUCCUCAAAUCGAAGACCGCGCCCUGGACACUGCUCAGCGGGAGUGGGCGGCCCACCAGAGCCGCCUGGAGGACACCAAGGCCCAGCUGCGCUCCACGCUGACCCGGCUGAGGCAGAUGGGCCACAAGUUCCUGAGCCUGGCUCAGUGGCUGGAGGACAAGGAGAAGGCGGUGAACAUUAGGAGUAACCGACAGUCGGACCCAAUCACCAAGCAGACACAGCUGAAGAAACUCCAGGGGUACCUGGAGCCGGUUCUUUCUCGUCAGGGGGAGGUGGAAGGCCUCUCGUCUUUGGCCCAGCAGGUUCUUCAGGAAAGCUACAUGAGUAGCCGAGUCAGUGUCACCGCCACCCAGCUGACCUCCCGCUACCACUCCCUGCUGCUCAACAUCCAGGACACCAUCAAGCAGCUCCAGGAGGAGUUGAGGAGCAUCGAGGAGGCAGAAACCCUUUGUGUGUCUUUCACAGAAUGGCUCAGCUGCUCUCAGAAAAGCUUCACAACAUUAACCGACCGCUCCGAACCUCUGGACCGCACCUCGAUGGAGAAGAAGACGAAGAAAUUAGAGAUUCUACAGUCUGAACUCCAGCACGGUCACAGCUUCCUGAAAUCUCUGAGGGAGCGCGCCGAGCAGGCAGCAGGCUUCCUGAAUGAGGCCGGAGCCGAGAACUUAGGGGCAGAGGUGGAGGCGCGGCUUGCCCAGCUGGAGGAGCUGGCUGGAGGACUUCGGCAAGAGCGCAGCUUCUUGGAGCGUGCGUUACUCCUAACCAAGGAGUUUCAGGACCGAUACAAAGCUCAGGCCCACUGGCUUGUAGAGACAAGAGUGCUGCUCAGCAGCCCGGUGGAACCCAAAGCUGAACUGUACCAACGUAAAGCCCAGCUUGCUAAAUAUAAGACCCUUCUUCAGAUGAUUCAGUCCCACGAUGGAUCCAUCCGCUCAGUGAUGGAGAAAGGAGAUGCCGUCCUGGCUUUGGUGCACUACCCCUCCAUUAGAGACAAACUACACAGGCUCCAAAAGGACUACAAUACUCUGUGCAAAUCUGCAAUUGCUCACGUGGAGAACCUGGAGAGCCAGGUAAAGGAGCAGGAAGCUUACCACAAUGAGCUGCAGGAAGUAGAGCGCUGGCUGCUGCAGAUGUCGAGCAGGAUGGUUACUCCCGAUCCAAGCGUGAGCCGCAGCCUGGAGGCAGCAACUCAACAGCUGGCCAGACACAAGGCCAUCAUGGAGGAAAUUGCAGGCUUUGAGGACCGCAUGGCAGCUCUGAGGGAGCGAGGAGAGCACCUGGUGGAAGGCUGUGGUGAGCGAGCCCAGAGCAGACUGAGACAGCAGGUCCAGGCUCACCAACAAGGCAUCCGAGACAGCUACUCUGCCAUCUGUAGCACGGCUCAAAGGGUUUAUCAGAGUCUGGAUCAUGAGUUGCAGAGGCAUGUCAGUCUGCAGGAUACGCUACAGGAGUGCCAAACCUGGCUGAACUCUGUUUCAGAGAGGUUAGAUCUGCAGCCUUCCCUCAGCCUGGAAGAAGCUGUGCAGCAGGUAAAACAGGAGCGAGCUCUACAAGAACAGGCAAGCACAUACCUCCAGCUUGUUUGUUCAGCGUGUGACCUCUCGGAGCCAAGGGUCAGGGAGACAGCGGCAGCGAUCCAGCAGGUUAAACUGCAGGUUGAGGAGCACAUGCUUCUCUGUGAGGAGGUCGCAGACAGCUGGAGGGACGUGGAAGAUCAGAAAGGAGAACUUGAAAAUCAGCUUCGAGAGACCGAGCAGCAGCUGCAAACUCUGAUCAGGAGUCCUGCAGAACUUGAACCCAAGAUUGCACAGAACCAGCUGGAUAGAGCACAGGAGUUCCUACUGCAGAUUAGGGAGAGACAAUCCGAGGUGACGCGUUUGAAUGAAGCCAUCAACAGGUUGACAGAUGGACAAACUUCUUCUGCCCUGGAGGAGAUAAGGAGGCUGGAAAAAGGCUGGGUGGUUCUGGGCCAGCGGGCAGAGGAACUGGAAGCUCAGAGGGGGGAGGACAUGCAGCGAAGCGGAGAAUAUCAGGAGAGUGUUGUAGCUGUGGAGGAACUCUUCCACCAAGUGUCCAGGGAAUGGGAUUAUUUAGCCAGGGCUGACACAGAAAGUACAAGUGAGCAUUUAGAAGCUCUAAGGAAGCUUGCCAGUGACCUCGAGGACCAGAAGGAGACUCUGGAAGACCUAAGAUAUCAAAAACACGCGAUUCUGCCUCGACUUAGCCUGCUAGAUAAAGAGCUGGUGAAGCAGCAGGUGGGUCACCUGGAGCAGCGUUGGGCCCAGCUGGAAACUCUCAUUCUGCAGAAAAUUCAGCACUCCACUCAGACACUCGAGGACCUCGCGAGGGUGGAAACGCAGCUGAAAGAAGCCAGAGAGUGGGUGGAAGAGCAGCGACCAGCGUUUAUGUCUGCGCUCAAAACCAGCCCGUCCCUGGAUCUGUCCCAGAGUUUCCUGUUCGACCACCUGAGCGUCUGCGUGGAGCUGGAGGCGCGGCAGCAGCUGCUCGGCCAGGCGGUGAACGACGCUCAGGCUGUGGCUUCCCGGCUGGGGCUGAGCGAGAAGAGAUGUUUGCAGGAGCUUGUUGAACAAGCUCAGAUGGAGGUGGAGGCUCUCGGGGCUCGCGUUGCUCAAAGGAGGAAGUAUCUCAGCAAGAUCUUUACAGAGCGGAAUCAGUUCCUUCAAGGCUUGGGGAGAGCCUUGUCUUGGGUGCAGCAGCAGGAGAGGAAGGCGCUCAUAGAUGACCACAUAUCUCUCCUUCCAGAAGAUCUGACCAGACAAGUUUCAGCUUGUCGGGAUGUCCAAAGCCGUUUGCAAGCUUACCAGAAAGAGCUGACGUCCCUCUGGGCGCAGGGGCGAGAGCUGGAGAAAGACGCCACCGCCAAAGAGAGAACCGAAACUCUGACCCGACUCGAGGAGCUCCAGGCGGCCUACGAGUCCGCCCUCCAGAGGUCCUCAAGGCGCCUCAUGGAUUUAGAGAAAGCCUUAACCUCCCGAAGAUACUUCCAGGUCGACCUGGAUAAGAUUUGUCACUGGCUGGGACAAGCAGAUGCAAUAACCUUCCCGGCGAUAAACUUCAGCAGCGCUGACGAUGGCUCAGAUUUGCAAAAACAGCUGUCAGACUUUCAAGGUGUCCUGGAGCAAACGUCAGAGUACGAGAACCUCCUCCUUAUUGUCCAGAGAAUAGGCCAGGAGAUUCUCCCCACUCUGAAUGAGAUUGAUCAUUGCUACCUCGACGAGCGGCUCAAUGCCCUGCCUCAGCAGUACAACGCCAUCUUGGCCCUUGCCAAAGAGAAAAAAGAUAGAAUCCAGAAGAUAAUCUCAGAGAGAAAAGAUUUCAGCACUUUCUUUGAUAUUACUCGCAAUGCACUGGAGGAGCUGCAGGAGCAGUUUGACAAUCUGGAGAAGCAGACUAUCAGCACGAGAGAAGAGGAAGUCAUCGGCGUAUUGAAUGAAUUCAGACGUAUUGAGGAAAGUUUGAUCCGCAUCAGUCCUGCAGUUAGAGAACUUCACGGAAAAUCUGAGGGGUUUCUCAUUAAAGGUCAGGGAUACAGAGAGGAGGAAACUCGGGAAAUGGUUUGUCUCCACAGUUUACUGAAGAGGAGAAACUGUCAGAAGAUCAAAGACCUCACUGAUUACUUGAAAACAUUAGUUGAACAAAACAGGGUUUUGUCCAAAACGGACUCAGAGUUGAAGUCAGUCGAGGAGGAUUUUGCUCGGCUGAAAUCUGACAAGAAUGUAGAUGUUUCUGAUAAAAUCACAGGUCUGUAUUUGCUGCUGGAAAGCCUGGACGGAGUUAGCUCCCAGGUCCAUCCGACCAAAAAAUGUCCUCUCAAGUUUGACCCAAAUACCUUCCAGGAAACCACGCUUCUUCAGCUUGAGUCGUCUCAGUCUCUGUGUAACGAGAUAAAAUCUCUCAUCGAGGAAUGUGAAGGACAGAGUGAUUUUUCAAUGGAAGCGGAGAGAACGUCGGAAUGGUUGGUGUCUUUAAAGGACAAAUUAAAAGAGCCAUUAAAGAUGUCGGAGGUGCGAACAGAGGAAAUAAACAAGGAGCUUUCGAGACUGAAAAUAAUGAUGGAGCACGUGAAAAGCAAACGAAAAGCGAUGGAUGUUUUGGGAGUUCGAGAAAAGCAGAAGUGUGAAAGCAGCAAAGCUGUCCAUAUAGAAGAAAAACUGCAGGACCUGACAAAGCUGGGAGAUGAAGUUCAAGAGGAAAUUCAUGCAAAGCAGCUGGCUGUAGUUCAAGCUCUCUCGCUGGUCCAGAGGCAGCACUUAUCUCUGAAGUCCAUGCAGGAGUUUCUGGACUCUGCGGAGGCUUUGCUCGGCUCUGAGGUGGAGCUUGAGAAUCUUGCAGAGUCUUUACAAGAGCUGGAUGAAACUUCCGUCCUGGAGAAGAACUUUGCAGCCGGUUUAAAGGAGCUGAAGGCGUCGGAUCCUCUGCUGGCCGACUUUGUGGAGGAAGCAGGAAUGAAUGCGUUUAGGGAAAGAGUUGAGGCGAUGCGGCUGAAGCACGCCGAGGUCAAACAGCAGCUGGAUGCUUUAAGGAAAACGCUGCAGAGGUGCAGCACUCUGUGGAGCUCCUUCCAACGAGAGAAAAAGACUCUAGUUGAGAAGAUGAACGAUUCAGAAAGCAAGAUGGCCACGUUCACCACGGCUAAAGCUGUCAGCCUCACUGAAGCCGAGGACAAGAAUCAGAGGCACAAAUGUUUGGUCGCUUCGAUAAACGAGCUGGAGCUGCCUUUAAAUGCUUUGAAAGAGCACGUAACAGACUUGGAGCAAAUCAUCUCGGAAUCUGGGAAGGCUGUCACCAGUCAGGCUGUGUCGUCGCUAUGGCAACGGUGGAGCAGGCUCCGCAGUGUGGCUCGAGCCCAGGAGAGGGCGCUGGAGGACGCCGUGAAGGACUGGAGGAGCUUCACCGAAAAGAUGGAGAAGCUGCUCUCUGUGUCCAAGGACCUCCACAGUCGCGUCCCGGACAGCACAGUUGAGAAAGCAGCCACCAGGGCGGCGCUACAGAGCCUCCUGGAGUACCAUGACUCCUUCAGUCUGGAGGUGGAGAGGGAGAAGUCCAUACUGGCUCUGCUUGUGCAGCAAACUCUCAGUCUGAGAGGAGACGUGAUGGAGAAAAAGAAUGUAGACGAGGAGGAGACGCCGUGUCUACAACAAAUCCGAAGCAUGCAGGAGCAGUAUGACAGUCUGCUCCUGCAGGUACAGACCAGCAGGGCUCAGGUCCACCAGGAGUUAAAGGAAAGAGAGGAUGUUGAGAAGGAACUCGGCUUGGUCAAAGGCUGGAUCCAAGACACGCGUGGAUUACUGCUGAGUCCCACUGCAGACCUGGACUCUCUGCUGCAAGAGCUGGAGACGACGCACGGAGAAGUCAUCAGCAGACGGCAGAGUGUGGAACGCAUGACAGAGCUUCAACAGUCCAAGUACCAGGACCUUCAGUCAGGCCUUCCCUCUGAGAUCAGCAUGCAGCUCGCCGAAGUUGCUCUGGCUUUGGGUUCUGCUGAAGAUCAGGUGCAGGCCAGGGAGAGGGAGGUGCAGCAGACCAGAGACGUGAAGGAGGAUUUCAGCUCCAGACUGCAGGACAUCGAGGCGAAGCUGAAGAGCAUCUCUGAUAAACUUGAAAACAAGGCUGGCGACCUGAAGGAGGCCAAGGAAGAAACUAAAUCUCUGUGUGAAGAAUGUGAAUCUUGUGGCUGCUCGCUGGCAGAGUUAGGAGUCGCUGUGCAGGAGUUCGGAGAGCAGAACCCGCUGCUGUGCAAGCAGCUUGGCGACGCUGUGGCUAAACUCACAGAGCUGCAGCUGCACACUGCCCAGCAGGCCCGCGACCGAGUCAACCGACUGAAGAAGGCAGAGAAGCAGGUGGAAGAGUAUCAAAGCAUGAAGAAGUUUAUUUUAGGCUGGAUCGAAAAAGCGGAAGCUCUGAUCUCCGGAAACAUCAUCUGGAACUCAGCAUCUCAACUGCAGGAGCAAAUCCGAGCUCACCAGUCUCUGCUGCGGGAAUGCCGAGGUCUCCAUGGCGACUUAGAAGUGAUGGGUGAGCGGGAGGCCCAGCUGGCAGAUGUGCUGAAGACGGAGGGGUGGAGCCAGCAGGUGAAGCACCUCAGCAGGUGCACGGAGGAGCUGCAGCAGUCAGCCAAGACACGCCUCCAGAGUCUGCAAGACGCUGCGAAAGACAUGUUACGCCUUGAGGCCGAGGUAAAAAACCUCCACGCUGCCGUCGAUCAAAUUCAGGUCACCCUCGCCUCUCCCGACCUCAACAAGCUCAGCCUCCGAGAGCAGCUCACUCAGAGACAGCACCUAUUAGUGGAAAUGGAGAGCUUUAAACAGCAAGUGGCGGCGGUGCAGCGGUGUCAGAGCGCCCUCCGGCUGCCAGAGGAGGUGGUUGCUAGUCUGCCAAUCUGCCGCACAGCUCAGACUCUGCAGCAGGAGGCCAGCCAGCUGCAGCACACCACCAUCCAGCAGUGCAACAUCCUGCAGGAAGCUGUAGUUCAGUAUGAGCAGUACGAACAGGAAGUGAAAAACCUCCAGAGAUUAAUAGAAGAGGCUCAUCGCAUCAUUCAGGACCGACCCGUCGCCACCAGCAACAUUCAGGAGCUUCAGGCUCAGAUACAUCACCAUGAGGAGCUGGCCCACAAGAUCCGCGGCUACCAGGAGCAGAUCGCGUCGCUCCACUCCAAGUGCAAGAUGCUGACGGUGAAGGCCAAGCACGCCACCAUGCUGCUGACAGUCAGCGAGGUGGAGGGCCUCUCGGACGGCAUGGAGGAGCUCAGCGACGAGGAGCUAGCCGGCGCCGUGGCAAACGGCGUGUCAUCUGCCAGCAAGCAGCUUCCAGCACACCCCUCUGUUGUCAUGAUGACAGCCGGACGCUGCCACACGCUCCUCUCUCCCGUGACGGAGGAGUCAGGGGAGGAGGGCACCAACAGCGAGGUCUCCUCUCCCCCUGCCUGCCGCUCCCCGUCUCCGGGGGCUCACGCUGACACUCCCCUUAACCAGGGUCGAACCGGUCUAAACCGAGCUCCCCUCCAGGAACUCUACGACCCGUCGAUGGAAACCUCCGCUAACUUGGAUGACCUCCAGAGAUCCUGGGAAACACUCAAGAACGUGAUCAGCGAGAAGCAGAAGAGCCUGUAUGAAGCUCUGGUGCGGCAGCAGCACUAUCAGGAGUCCCUCCAGUCUAUUUCCACCAAGAUGGAGUCUAUUGAGGGGGCGCUUAAUGAGAGCUUGGAGCCCAGCAAAACUCCGGAGAGUCAGAUGGCUGCACACCAGGCUCUGAUGGAUGAGAUCUCCAUGCUGCAGGAUGAAAUUGGCGAGUUGCAGACGUGCUUCUCUGAGGAACUUACAGACAACGACAGCGACGGAGAGGGUGGUGACCAGCUGGCUCUGCAGUCCACCCUCACUGUCCUCGGAGAAAGGAUGGCGACCAUUCGGAUGAAGGCCUCUGGGAAACGGCAGCUGCUAGAGGAGAAGCUGAGUGAGCAGCUGGAGGAGCAGCGGCAGGAGCAGGCUCUCCAGCGGUACCACAGUGAGGCAGAGGAGCUGGACCACUGGCUGCUCAGCACUCGCGCCACGCUCAGCUCCGCUCUCCAGCUCCAAAAUGAAGACAUGGACAUGGAGGAGCAGCUCAUCGACUGUCAGAACAUGCUUUUCGAGAUUGAGCAGAAGGUGGUCUAUCUGUCAGAGCUGUCCGUCCACAGCGAGAGCCUCCUAUUGGAGGGUCGUGCUGAAACCAAGGAGGAGGCGGAGCAGCUGACCCUUAAGCUGCACUCACUCAAAGACAGCCUGCUGGAGCUGCAGCAGAUGCUGCAGGACAAACAGGUGGACAUACAGGGUUCCCUGCAGGAGCAGGAGGACAGUGAACCAGACUCCUCUUUGUCCCAGAGUCCUAACGUCCAGGACUGGCUGUCUCAGGCGCGCUCCACUCGCACACAGCAGCAGCACAACCACCUGCUUCGCCAGAAGGAGCUUCAGGAGCAGGUGGCAGAGCAGAGGAAGCUGCUCCAGUCUGUAGCCACAGUGGGUGAAGAGAUUCUCAACCAGCAGAGCACACCCAACGGGGACAGUGAGAUGAUCGUUCCUGGGGGGGUGCUACUAGAGACAGAGACCUCCUCUCCGGUGGAGCAACUGAGACAGAGGUGGGAAAACCUGAACAAGGAUCAGAGCACCAAGCUGCAGCUCUCCCUCAGCUCCUUGGAGCACGACCAGCACAGCCCUGUGCUUCACCGCUCCCGUCUGUCCAGUCCUGGUGGGGUUUUGAGAAGUGAGAGUAGCAGCCAAGACUGCCUCAAAGGGUUGUUUGAAGCCUGCAGCCAGACUCUGGAGAGAAUCAACGAAGAAACAUCCAGCAGCGAGGGGAAGCGGGCUGCAUCUUUUCGAGGGGCGACCGUCCAGCAGGAUCUUUACGAUGCAGUGUCAGCAGCCUCCUCCUGGUUGGACACCACCGAGAAUCAUCUGCUGUCCGGUCCGGUGCUGCUGUCGGAGGACACUCACACUCGGCUCACACACUUAGAGGAUUUGAAUAAAACGCUUAAGGAGAGUAGCAGAGAGGUAAAAGAGUGUAGAGACUGGCUGCAUGGAGGAACGGGCAGAAUUUGGGGUGCAGAGGAGCACACACUCAUUGAGGACACCCUGGAGGGGCUGCAGGAGAGGAUGGGUCUGCUGGACUCUGUUCUGGAGCAGCACUGUGACAACAUAAGGGACGGCCUGCAAGAGCACACAGACUUUCAGAAUGAACUGAGGAUGCUGUUCACGGCUCUGAAUGAAAGCAAGCAUCAGCUGCUGCAGAAAAUGGCGGGAAUGACAGACAGACCUGCGUCCAAACAGUUAGAGACUUUAUCCGAAGUCGAUGACAGCUUGAGGGAGUUUGAGCAGAAAGUGGCGGAGCUGAGGAGCACAGCCGAUAGGCUCCAGCUGGACCAAACCUCCAACCAGGAACUUCUUAAACUACAAGACACUUAUGAAGAGCUGGUGCUCAUGGUGGGCUCCAGGCGGAGCAGCCUGAACCAGGGCUUGUCCCUGAAAGCUCAGUACGAAGCGGCUCUUCGGGACCUCACCGAGCUGGUCGACACGGCCAAGGACAAGAUGGCCGCUGACCAAAAGAUGACAGUGGUUUCUGUGUUGGAAGUCCAGAUACUGCUGGAUAAACACAAAGAGUUUUUCCAGUUCUUGGAGCGCCACAUGAUCCUCACUCGGACGUUUUACAGUAAAGUGUCGGGCUUGGUGACGCAGCGGGAAAGCCACGCCCUGGAAGAAACGAUGACGUCAGCUUUUAACGUGCUCAAACAAGCCCACAGAAGAGGAGUGGAACUAGAGGGCAUCCUGGAGUCGUGGAGAAGGUUUGUGGAAGACUAUCAGGCGCUCUGCAAACAGCUGGAGGCUGUGGAGAGUAGCAUCCCCGCUGUGGGUCUAGUCGAGGAGACAGAGGAGAGAAUCACUGAAAGGAUCAGUCUCUAUCAGUGCCUGAAGGCGAGCCUUGCGGAGCACCAGCCCCAGCUGUACCAGGUACUGGAGGAGGGCCGGAGGCUCCUUCUGUCGGUUAGCUGCUCAGAUCUGGAGAGCCAGCUCACUCAGCUGGGGGAUCACUGGCUCUCGUCCACAACCAAAGUCAACAAGGAGCUCCAGCGCCUCGACUCCACGCUCAAACACUGGAGCAGGUAUCAGAGUGAGUCAGCAGAGCUGAGCCACUGGUUACAAUCAGCUUUAGUCCGGCUGGAGUUCUGGACUACCCAAUCCGUGACAGUACCUCAAGAGCUGGAAACAGUCAGAGAUCACCUCUGUGCCUUUCUGGAAUUUUCCAAAGAAGUGGAUGCAAAGUCGUCUUUACGCUCGUCUGUGCUGAGCACGGGAAACCAGCUCCUGCGGCUGAAACGGGCGGACACGGCUGGUCUGAGAACAGCGCUGAGCCAGAUCGACACUCAGUGGGCGGAGCUGCUGACUCACAUCCCUGUAGUGCAAGAAAAGCUGCACCAGUUGCAAAUGGAGAAGCUGGCCUCCCGACACGCUAUCACCGAACUCAUGAGCUGGAUCUCCCUCAUGGAGAACAUCAUAGAUGAGGAUCAGGACAAAAUUCUGGGUGCCGUCGGCUCCGAUGUGGUCCAACAUUUCUUGCAGAAGUAUAAGGGUUUCCGCAUUGAUCUGACCUGUAAGCAGUUGACGGUGGACUUUGUGAAUCAGUCCGUGCUGCAGAUCAGCAGUCAGGAUGUGGAGGGAAAGCGCAGUGACAAAACAGACUUUGCAGAGAGGCUGGGAGCGAUGAACAGACGGUGGCAGAUACUGCAGGGUCUCAUUGCUGAAAAGAUUCAGCUUUUGGAAGGACUAGUAGGAAGUUGGACGGAGCAUGAAAACAGUGUCCAGGCUCUGAAAACCUGGUUCACACAGCAGGAAGAGAAACUGAAAAAGAAGCACAGGAUCGAGGAUGUAGCAUCCGUGCAGAAUGCACUCAAAGACUGUCAGGAUUUGGAAGAAUUGGUGAAGGAAAAAGAGAAGGAUCUGGAGAAAGCUGAGGAACGAGGAAAUGCUUUGAUUCAGGAUAAAAAAGGUGCAGCCUGCUCUGCUGUGAAGGAAACCCUGGAAGGACUCAACAGUUCCCGAUGUCGUCUGGAUCAAAUGAUAAGUCAAAUGAAAGUGAACCUGCGGUCCGCGCUGGAGCAGUGGACUUUAUACCGACGAGCGUCAGAGGAAAUUAACGGCUACUUAAUGGAGGGGAGAUAUUCUGUCUCCAGGCUGCACCUCCUUAACGGGUCUUUGGAGGCGGUGCAGCAGCAGGUGGAGAGUCUGGAGAGUCUGCAGGAGGAGAUGGAAAAACAGGAGAGCAGCCUGAGGAAGUUCGGUUCUGUAACUCACCAGCUGUUAGCCGAGAGUCAUCCGUCUGUGGCAGAAACGCUCAACAGCGCCCUUCAGGAUGUCAACAUCAGGUGGAACCAUCUACUUGAGCACAUCUCCGAGCGGCUCAAAGGCAGCAAGGCUUUGCUGGGGUUGUGGGAGCGCUACCAGUCGUCGUACAGCCAGUGCGUGACUGCAGUCCAGAAGCAGGAAGAGCGUGCUGACCGCCUGCUGAGGAGCGCCACCGACAAGGAAAUCACAGAAGAGGAGAGCAACGCCUGGAUGCAAGAAUGCAACGCCUGCCUCAGCGAUCAGGACUCGGUGCAGCAGUCCCUCCAGCAGCUGCAAGCACUCGGGGAGCAGCUGAAGCCUCAAGUCGACACCGGCUCUUCUGCCUCCCUUAAAUCUGACCAGCUGUCGCUCGCUCACCGCUUAGCCACACUUGAACACGCCCUCCACAGGCAGCAAGAACUACUGCUGUCCGGAUCUCAGGCUUGUGAAGGUUUCAGACGGCGGCUGGAUGGAUUAGUUUGUGAGGCCAAGGAUGCUGAGGAGGUUCUUAAAGUGGAUGACCCUGUGGGUUCUCCCGACACCACCGUCCUCCAAACAAGCAUAGAGCAGCUGAAGGUGCACCUGUUGAAGCUGAGCAGUCUGUCUCCGGAUCUGGAGCGUGUGAAUGAGUUAGUCUACAGGCUACCAGUCAGUGACGGAGAUGUGAAAAAGCUCCAGAAUCUCAACAGAUCCUGGGCGUCUCACACUGCUCACCUCACUGAGAGGUUAAGCAAACUGCAGUCGCUGUUGCUCCAGCAGCAGACUUUCCUUCAAAAAUGCGAGGCCUGGAUGGAUUUCCUUUCUCAGACUGAACAAAAGCUGGCGUCUGAGAUUUCGGGCAACUACCAGAGUCUGCUCGAGCAGCAAAGAGACCACGAGUUGUUUCAAGCUGAAAUGUUCAGCAGACAGCAGAUUCUCCACUCCAUCAUCAGCGACGGGCAUCGUUUGUUGGACCAGGGACAAGUGCAUGAUGGCGAUGACUUUAGUGUGAAGCUGGCUUUGCUGAGCAAUCAGUGGCAGUGUGUGAUACGGCGAGCUCAGCAGCGGAGAGGCGUCAUUGACGGUUUAGUGCGCCAGUGGCAAAACUACCAGGAGAUGGCGGAAAAGCUGCAGCGCUGGCUGCAGGAAGUGACUCAUGACACCGACGUGCACGAGCCGGGGGAGCCCGUUUCGCUGCAGCAGGCCAGAAACCUGCUGGGUCAGAUCCAGCUCAAAGAAAAAGUCCUUCAAAGGCAGCAUGGAGUUUACAUCCUGACCGUGGAGGCUGGCAGGAGCUUGCUGCUGUCCGCUGAUGCCAAAGCAGAGUGCAUUCUGCAGACGGAGCUCAUGGAGACUCAAGAGAGGUGGAGGCACGCCCACCAUCACCUGGAUCAGCAGAGGAAGGAGCUGCAUGGCAUAUUGAAGAACUGGGAGCGCUGUGAGAAAGGCAUCGAUGUGUCUCUGGAAAAGCUGAGGGCCUUUAAGAGGAAGCUGUCCGUGCCGCUGCCCGAGCAUCAUGAGGAGCUGCACUCGGAACAAAUCCGAUGCAAGGAGCUGGAGAACGCUGUGGAAGGCUGGACCGAUGACCUGACUUCCUUAUACAUGCUGAGAGAUUCCCUGGGGGGCGUGGUCAGCGCAGAUGACAUCACAGCACUGCAGGAACGCCUCCAGCUGCUCCAGCGUCAUUGGGAGGAAGUCUGCCACCAGCUUUCCCUGCGUCGACAACAGGUGAGCGAGAAGCUGAACGAGUGGGCCGUUUUCAAUGAGAAGAACAAGGAACUGUGCGAGUGGCUGACACAGAUGGAGAGCAAAGUCUCUCAGAAUGGCGACAUCAGCAUUGACGAGAUGAUCGAGAAGCUCCGCAAGGACUACCAAGAAGAGAUCAGCGUCGCUGAAGAGAACAAGCAGCAGCUGCAGGUGAUGGGCGAGCGCUUGGCGAGGACGAGUCAGGACAACAAGGCGGCGGAGAUCCAGAACAAACUCAGCAAAGUCAGCGAGCGCUGGCAACACCUGCUGGACCUGAUUGCAGCCAGGGUGAAGAAGUUGCGGGAGACCCUCGUGGCCGUGCAGCAGCUGGACAAAAACAUGAGCAGCCUGCGUUCUUGGCUGUCCCACAUCGAGGCCGAACUGUCCCGACCCAUCGUCUACGAGGCCUGCGACUACCAAGAGAUCGCCAGGAAACUCAACCAGCAGCAGGAGCUCCAGCGCGACAUAGAGAAACACAGCACCGGUGUGGCUUCAGUGCUGAACCUGUGUGAGGUCCUGCUGCACGACUGCGACGCCUGCUCCACUGAGACCGAGUGCGACUCUAUCCAACAAGCCACCAGAGGCCUGGACAGACGCUGGAGGAACAUCUGCGCCAUGUCCAUGGAAAGGCGGCUCAAAAUCGAGGAGACUUGGAGGUUGUGGCAGAAGUUUUUGGACGAUUACUCCAAGUUUGAGGACUGGCUGAAGACGUCAGAAAAGACUGCAGCACUUCCUAACUCCUCCGGGGUUCUCUACACUAUCGCUAAAGAGGAACUCAAGAAGUUUGAGGCUUUUCAGCGUCAGGUUCAGGAGUGUCUGACUCAGCUGGAACUCAUCAACAAGCAGUACCGCCGCCUGGCCCGGGAGAACCGGACGGACUCCUCCUGCCGACUCCGAGAGAUGGUGCACAACGGGAACAGGCGAUGGGACAACCUGCAGAAGAGGGUGGCGGCCAUACUGCGCAGGCUUAAGCACUUUAUCAGCCAGAGGGAGGAGUUUGAGACGGCGCGGGACAGCAUCCUGGUGUGGCUCACUGAGAUGGAUCUGCAGUUAACCAACAUCGAGCACUUCUCUGAGUGUGACGUUCAGGCCAAAAUAAAGCAGCUCCGGGCGUUCCAGCAGGAGAUCUACAUGAACACGGCCAAAAUCGAGCUGGUGUUCCGGCAGGGGGAGGCUCUGAUCGAGAAGAGCGAGCCUCUGGAUGCAGCUGUGAUCGAGGAGGAGCUGGAGGAGCUGCAGAGGUAUUGUCAGGAGGUGUUCGGACGCGUGGAGAGAUACUACAAGAAGCUGACGCGGCUGCCUCUGGUGGACGAUGAGCUGGACGGUUCAGACCGAGAGCUGGACGUGGAAGACGGAGGAGAUCUCUCUGAGCUGCAGUGGGGCGACUCCUCCAUGCCGCAGACUUGUAGCCGGCCGGCGUCGGGCCCGCCCGUCCUUCGCUCCGGUCGAGACACCCCGGCGAGCGUGGACUCCAUCCCCUUAGAGUGGGACCACGACUACGACCUGAGCCGAGACCUGGACAGUCCAGGAAGUCGAGCAAACGGGGAAAGGAGUCGAGGGCAGGAGGAGGAGGAGGACGAGUAUCUGAGAACGGCUGCCACUGCGCUAUCAGAUGUAGUUAUCCCCGAGAGCCCAGAGGCCUAUAUAAAACUGACUGAGAACACUCUCAAAUCCUCCUCUGGUGAGCCGGGCCAGCUGGAGAACAGCCUGAGGCAGCUGGACCAGGCGCUGGAUGCAGGACGCCAUCACCUCCAGAAGAGGGAGGCCUCUGCCAGCCCCGACUCCACCUACAUGGGAUACAUGCGUCUGAUGGGAGACUGUCGCGACAACCUGGACGCGCUAAAGAGGGCCGAGGAAGAGCUGACGGAGGAUGAGGAGGACACGCAGGGACUCACCAACCCCGCCGUCCAAGACGCGCAGAGCGCUGGUGUGAUCGAGCGCUGGGAGCUCAUCCAGGCUCAGUCUCUGAGCGAGAAGCACAGACACAAGCAGAACCUGCAGCAGUGGCAGCAGCUGAUCUCAGAUCUGCAGACCAUGCGGGCCUGGCUGGGUCAAUCGGAGCUCGAACUGGGUCAGCUGCGAGCUCACAGUCUGAGCACCGACAUCAACACCAUCCAGCAGAGAAUCAGGAAGCUCAGGGAGCUGCAGAAAAACUUGGACGCUCACAAGUCAGAGGUCCUCUCCAUCAACCUGAGCAGUUCAGACUUCCUCCAAUCCCACCCCGACUCCGAGGAAGCGUGCGAGCUCAGGGACCGACUGAAAGAGAUGAACUCACGCUGGGAACGGCUCGGCGCCUCACUGGAAAACUGGAGGGAGGAGCUUCAGAGGGCGCUGCUGCAGUGCCAAGAGUUUCAUGAAAUGAGCCACGGUCUGCUGCUGUGGCUGGAGAACAUCGACCGCAGGAGGAACCAGGUUGUGCCUCUGCCUCAGAAAGCUGACAGGGAAACACUACAAGCCCUGCACAAAACACUGAUGAAAAUCAAGCUUGAACUCCUGGACUCGCGACAGAAAGUGUCGUCCCUCCAGGAGCUGUCCGCCCAGCUGCUGGUCAGCACCAAACCUCCGACCGUGCAGACGUCGGAGCAGAACCAGCGUCAGGGCAGCGAGUGCCUGGAGGCCCAGGAGAAGGUUCACGUGAUCUGGAACCGGAUGAGGCUGCUGCAGAGGGAGGUCAACGCAGACCUGGAGCAGCUGGAGAGGAGGAUGGAGGCCGCGGAUGCUGAGAAGGAUUCUUUACCAGCUCCAGUUUCUGGAUCGGAGGUGACCAUCAAAAGUCGCAAACGAUCGCCCCGAGCCAAAAGUAGUCAGACCCACCCGGGACCCCCUGAGAGCUGCCCGCGUCACAGCCGGAGCAGAUCAGCCGGCGCCGCUGGCUGCGUUUCCUCCCCAUCUGACCUUCCUGACGCCGUCUCCUCCUCCUCCUCCUCCUCCUCCUCCUUCCUGCUCCGGGUCUUCAGGGCUGCUCUCCCCGUGCAUUUGCUCCUCCUCCUCCUCAUCGGCCUGGCUUGCUUGGUUCCGAUGACGGAGCAGGACUACAGCUGCCACCACGCCAACAACUUUGCCCGCUCCUUCCAUCCGAUGCUGCACUACACCAACGGACCUCCACCGAUCUGAGGAGCAGCACUUCUUUUUUUUUUUUUUUUUUUCAUUUUUACUCACCUGCUGCUUUGCCAAGGACUCCGCUGACUCCUGUGAAUGUUUCCUCUUCACCUUGUGCCCAAGAGCAAAGAAGCCGUCUCCUGCUGGGGACCAACGAGUGUUAUGAAGGUGUAACGCUGACUCACUAACGCGGCGCGCCGUGAAAUCACCUCAACCCUUUAAAGAGAACUCCUUUAAACUCUUUCUUCUCAGUCCAAAUAUUUCCUGUUGUUUUAACUUUAUUGUAUUUUUUAGGGUUGCUGCUACUAUUUAUUUAGAGUUCAAUCAGCUAAUAUAUUGCUAGCCCACCUCCAGUACCUGUACAUUGUAGAGUAGGUCUGCAGUUUGAGUAGCAAUCACUCAGUUUCAGCGGCUUCGUUCCAAAAAAACGUUUUGGAAACGAAGUUUUCUGCUCGAAGAAGAAGCACUGAAGGUACUGCACUGAAACCCUCCGGCCAAGAAGACAGACCCCCCCUCCCCACGAGCUCCUAUUAUCAGUAUUUAAUGAAUCAGUGGGAGAUACGACAAAAUAUGCUAUGUUUGUUGUGUUAAAUGCCUUCUACUACAGGCAGUAUUUUUUUAUCCUUCUGUGUGAGCAUGCACUUAAACCCCCACUUCUUAAAAAAAAGCCAAACAAUCACUGGUAGUGUUUUAGUGGAGAUAACGUUCUUUAUAAUGACUGCGAGAAUUAUUCUGCGCUGGUGAGACAUCGGAAUCACAGCGUCGUCCAAGCUUAACCUGUAAAAUAUUAAAUAUGAAAAUAGUUAUUUAUGUAUGUACAGUUUGCUAAUUCAUAAAUAUUUCUCUCUUUGCAAAAAAAUAAAACAUCAAGUAUUUA